AUGCCCCGGUUCUUCUGUGAUUACUGUCACUCGUACCUUACGCAUGACACGCCAAGUGUGCGAAAAAGCCAUCUUCUAGGCAAAAACCACCUUCGCUUGGCCGGUGACUACUACUGCAAUAAGGCUCGACAGGAUCAACGUCCGUUUCUGCCGAGAACACGCAAACCUGGGAGAGAUCGUCGACGCGAGGGGAAACCGCAGCUAGCAGCGGUCCAGAAAACGGGCCCACAGCGAAAAUUUGCGCUCCACUGCGACACCAAUCGCCAAAAACGGCUGUCUCGCCAAUCCAGUGCAAUCAGGGCCCAGGAAGUGGCAGCGAAGUGCCAGGUUUUGGAAAAGCUGUAUGCGAAGUCGCCCGGUUACGCCAAGGUAUUCCGGCCCGAGUGCCGUCUCGACACGGGCCAAUCGGUGCGAUUGGACAGAGCACCACAGAGGGCCAACCGGCGACCGUUUGGUGGCAGCAAUGCCAGUGGUAGUGCCGCUGCUGAUGGUGGUGGGAGUGCCUCUAACAUUGCUUCUGCACAUGUGACACGCACCGUCAAGUUUUCGCCAGACUAUGCGUCCACACGGACCUUGGCGUUGCUGCCACCGCCGCCUUCGCUGUCACAAUGGCCAUCGUGCCCCCCACUGCUGCUGGCAAGCGACCGGGCUGCUGCUACAACGCUGCGAGACGUGACUCGGAAGCUUGAGCGGCGUUAG